AUGGACGGAAUUUAUCAUUAGUAAUAAAAACUUUUGUUAUGUGGAUUAUCUGCUGUGAAUAAUUUAUUGUAAAAUGAGCACUAUACAAGUUAAUAAAUGAAUGAAUUGGCUGAUUCGUUACCUAAUUAUUAAAAAAGUUUUUUUAAUUACCAUUCUAAGUAGAAUAUGAAAUUAUAAUAGUUUCUUAAAAAUUGGAAAUUAUUCUGCAGAUGUCUUGAUCAAUGCUUUAUAGUAAGUAGGAAAAUAAGUUGUUUAUUUUGAUAAAAGAUAGCCUAAUCAUUUAAACUCAAUUGUUUAAGAUUAAAAUUUAUUGGGUUUUUUACUAAACAAAGAAGAGAAAAAAUUUUUCUUUACAACUCAUCAUUGGUUUUCCAUUUUAAAAAAAAAUUAAAAUUGGUAUAAUUUAGAUGGAAAAUUGAAAAAGUACACUUUAUUUAAAAAUGAUGAAAAUUUAAUAGAAUUUCUUAAUAAAGAAUUAAAAAAUAACCUAACAAUUUUCAUAGUCUAUAAUAAUAAAAAGUAGAUAGAUACUUAAAUGAAAGAAAAUUAAUAAUAAUAAUAAUAAGAUACUGUUUAAUAAGAAAAUAUUAAUUAACAAUAAGUAGUUGAAAAUUAAUUAUAAUAAUUGGAUGUAUAAUUAAUAGAUAAAAAAUAAUAAAUAGAUAAUGAAAAUUCAUUGCAAAAUAAUUAAAUAAUAGAUACUAUACAAAAUGGUGUUUUAUCAAUAGAAAAUAGCCAAAAUAUAGAUGAAAUAUCAUCAGUAGAAAACACAUAAUAAAUAAUAAAUACUUAAAUAAUAGAAAAUACUUAGAAAAUAGAAAAUUCAUAAGAAAUAAUUAAUGUUUAAUCAAUAGAAAAUACUUAGACACUAGAAAACAUAGAUUCAAUAGAAAAUUCGUAAUAAAUAGUUAAUACUUAGAAUAUGGAAAGUUGUCAGAAAGCAGACAACCCUGUAUAAAUAGGAAAUUCUUAAUAAAUAAUUAACAUUUAAUCAUUAGAAAAUUCUUUGCAAUCUGAUAAUGUGUAAUAAAAGGAAACUAAAAAAGAAAUAGAUGAAAGUUAAAUAUGA